AUGACAUAUCUUCUUCCUCCCAACACUCGGCCCGCCGAUUCUGGGAUAUCAAAGAGUGACAAGAUUUGCAAAGAAACACAACGCUCUCCUGAACAAACAGAAGGAAGCCCACGAUUAAAAGCAAACCCUGGAGCCGCUAUCGCUUUAAGGUUUCAAGAGAAUGGUCAUGUUACUCUACCUGAAAGCCAGCCUGGAAAGCCAGAUAAUCGCGGAGACGUUUACGUAUACGGAACCACCGAUCCUCGGCCUGAUGACACCCUUCUAUCAAUUCAUAAAGUUUGGAAUUCCGACGGCACCGGAGGCGAUCGGAGAGGGAUACUACUGUCACGGCAAAAUUUCGACGACGGCAGAUGUUACCAGAUCAAUGAUAAGCCGAUUUCAAAAGAACGUCAGAAGAAAUUUGCUCAUAAACCUAACGAACUGAUGGGGGCGGAUUUGUGGUGCCAGCAAGACAUCGCUCUGCCAAAAAACGUCCCUAUCGAUAAACCCUACACGCUCUACUGGGUGUGGGACUGGCCUACUGCACCGAAUGUCGACUCUGGUCUUCCCAAAGGCAAAGCUGAAAUCUACACAACUUGCAUGGAUGUCGAUAUUGUCAAAGACCGGAUCUUUCAGAAUUUGAACGGGGGUGAUGGGAAGAAGGAAUAUGUUAAAGAUCAGCCCCUAGAGAACGCGGCUAUCCCCUCACAAAUUGCUGAGCUGAACAAUGGGUUGGUGAUACCGGACAAGUCAGGCGGUGCGGGCAAAUCGACCUUCAAAACCGUAGCCCGACCAUCCACGAAGGUCACCCAGGACAGCCAAGGUCUUAUGCCAACAGGAGCCUCUCGCUUGUCCACGGCCCCAUCAGGCUCGAUAACCGCUCCGCCAUUCUCGAACACCACCGCUCCCUUUAGCUCUCGACGAAUGUCAAAUUCGGGAACCGGAACAGUUCCAACUGUUACACAGACUAUGGCGCAGCUCGAUGAAGUCGAUGGCAAAAGUCAGCGAGAUAGAAACGCUCCACAGUCUUCUUCGCCCAGGCUCCCUGCCGUCCAGCGUGUGCGACGGUUCAUUGUGUGGUAG